ACUUAACACCCUUCCCUUGAGGUUGACAGUUAUUCAUUGGAGCGUCUUAUCUUUUUAAUAGCCUAACUAUCGUAAACCAAUACCUCUUUUUGUUAAACUUGCACUGCCUACUUUGUAUACCAGGAGGUAAGUACACACGGUAGGAGGUACCUAAUCUAUCUAAAAUAGCACGCCUUAUACCUCCUUUACGGUACCUGGCAUAAGCGAACGUCGUGCACUCACCGCAAUCUCAUCUGCAAUGUCCAACCCUAAAUCAUUUUGUUCUUAAUAACAUUAUUCAUUAUUCAUUAUUCAUUAUUAACAAACUUAACCGUUCCAACACUGAGAGGAUAGGUCGUCAAAUAAAACCACCAAGAUGGCCUUAGCCUACAACCAUUUGAAGCUGCUCAAUGCCGCUAUUGACACCACACCCCUCAUUGAUAACCAUGCUCACCCGCUACUCACCGCCGAGAAUGUGGGUAAGCACCCAUUAUUAUCUAUUGCUACCGAAGCAAACGGGGCCGCACUCCAAGACUCCAAGAAAAGCCUUGCUCAUCUUCGGGCCGUGAAACACUUAUCAAAUAUUCUUAGAUGCGAGCAGACAUGGGAAGCUGUAGAAGCUGCCGUCGAGCGGAAACGGCUCGAAUCGCGCGAUGCUUGGAUAAAGCGCUGCCUUGACGGCAUCGAGACUAUUCUGAUCGAUGACGGACUAGAUGUGCAGGGGCAAGCUGAGACUUAUUCGUGGCAUGACCAAUUCACCAGGAGCAAAUGCAAGCGCAUCGUCAGGAUUGAGACUGUAGCAGCGGAUAUCAUAGCUAAGAACUAUAUUGCGCACGAUGAGGACACUUUUGCCACGAGCUGCAAUAUAGUACAUUUCGAACGCCUGAUGACAAAUGAGAUUAUGCAGCUUGCUGCGGAUCCCAAUGUUGUUGCUUUUAAGUCCAUCGUCUGUUAUCGAACUGGGCUGGACUUUUUUUCUUUGAAGGACAUAAACCUUCAGCAUGCGGGAAACGCUCUCGAGAGCAUUGUCAGCACGGGAGUGACGUCUGGGACACCCGUUUCUGGCUUCUCGCUGCGGAAGAGAAUAGCUGAUUCGUCCCUGAACAGCCUGAUCGUCCAUAUCGCCGCUAACGUCGCUCGAUAUCACGGGAAGCCAAUCCAAUUCCACACAGGUCUCGGUGAUAACGACAUUACGUUAACCAAGUCAUCGCCGUCUCAUCUACAAACUUUCAUCGAAGAGUAUCCUACACUCCAGAUCGUACUUCUCCACGCAGGCUAUCCUUGGACAAGAGAGACGGCGUACCUGGCAGCUAUGUAUCCGAACGUCUAUGCUGAUAUCGGCGAGGUGUUCCCCUGUAUCAGCCGUCAGGGCCAGGAAAGCGUCCUGAGAGAAAUGCUAGAGGUAUGCCCGUGGUCUAAGAUCCUCUGCAGUACAGACGGACAUGGGUUUCCGGAGAUGUACUUGACCGCGACGACUCAGCUCCGCUCGGUUCUCAAGACGGUAUUAGGAGACUUGGUACAGACUCAGCAGCUUGAUGAAAAACAAGCCGUACAGCUCGUUCAAGAUAUUUUGUUUUACAAUUCCAAAAAGCUCUACAGACUUGAGACGGAAUCUACUCUCCUCAGUCUUGCGCAGUUAUCAACCGUCUCAACUACCAACUGGAGUAACCACACAAUUAUCCAGAAGCUUCAGAGCAUGAAUGCCAAGUAUUUACGCAUCUACUGGCACGACUACACUUCCAGCAACAAAUGCCGACUUAUCCCAAUCAAGCAGGUGUUCAAGACGCUGUCAAGUGGUAAACCCCUGACUUUAUCUCUCGCCAAAGCCAGUUUUGGGAUGACGCAGAUUGAUGUGUUGAUUCCCCAAGUAUCAGCGACUGGCAUGUACACAGCCCAUCCAGAUUGGUCGAGUCUGAAAUCUGGCCCCGUCGAUGGUCAUGUUAGCUGUUACGCAUACUUCACGGAACUGGACGGCUCGGAGGCGAUAUUGUGCCCGAGAACAAUCCUGCGUAAUGCGGUUCAGAAAGCAGCGUAUCAAGGAUUAAGCUUCCUCCUCGGUUUCGAGGUCGAGUUCCUCGUCAUGGAACGUAAUCCAAAAAGAUUUGGCUUGAACAAAUUUAGAACAGUACAUAAUGACGGUCACAGCUGGUCGAUGGCGAGAGCAUUCGCUGAUUGGGGCCGUGAGGGAAGCUUUGCCACAGCCAUUGACGAGAUCCUGGAUAGUCUAGACGCGGCAGGUAUCGAGGUUGACCAGUUCCAUCCCGAGAACGCGCCAGGUCAAUUCGAACUGGUACUUUCGCCACUGCCGCCACUGGAAGCCUGCGACAGCGUACUCCAUGCGCGACAGAUCCUCGAAUCCGUCUCGGCGCGCCACGGGUUCUGGGUAACACUUCACCCUAAGCCGUUCCCUACAAAAUGCGGAUCAGCCUCGCACAUGCACAUGUCCAUCUCGUCACCCGGAGGCGACCAGCCGGAGGUUUACGAGUCAUUCUAUGCCGGCAUCCUAGAACAUUUCCGUGCCAUCAUCGCAUUCACGAACAGCAACAUAACGAGUUACGAGCGUAUGGUGGAUAGUGCCUGGGCUGGUGGACGAUGGAUUACUUGGGGCACGCAAAAUAAGGAGUUGCCACUACGUAAGAUCGAGGGCAGCCACUGGGAACUUAAAGUCCUCGACGGCUUAGCAAACCCGUACUUCGCUGUCGCGGCGCUUCUGACCGCCGGUACGGAUGGUGUCCGGAGAAAGGCACCCCUAACCUGGAAAGACUGCGCAGGGGAUCCCGCCCGCUUUACUGCGGAAGAGAGGGCUGAGUUGUGUAUCGAAAAGAUGUUUCCGGCAGACUUACGGGAAGCUCUACAGGCGCUCCAUUCGGACGAUAGUCUCGGCCUUGACCCCGAGUUUGUGCAGCGAUAUGUCGAUAUUAAGGAGGCUGAGCUGGCAAUGCUGGAGCCUAUGACGCCUGAAGAGCGGCGCGACUGGAUAAUGGAGAGAUAUUGAGAGUAAAAAAAAGAACAUAAAUGAUAGAAUAGAAUCUAACGGAGUGGGUUAUUAGAUUAUCGGUCUAUGUAAGGUAUAGAUCAUAUAACUGAUCCCAUGGUUUUGGAUAUCUCGACUGUAGAAGGUCACGUUGACUAGAUGGGACACAAAAGCGU